UCCUUCUCUAACCGCCGUUCAUCCUCGAGCCUGAUGCAUUAAACGUCCUCGAUUGGCGUCUUGUCGGCAUGGAGUUAUUCAGACUUUUACUUCGUGCUGAACACGCCUCCUAAGCGGGGUCUCUGUAUCUCUACUCGCGCUUAUUAGUCCGUCGUCACUAUGGCUCCGCACCGCCAGCACCCGGCUCAGUUCCAACUGCAGCUCGACCACGUUAACGGCAGCGAGAACAAGCCACGCACCAUUGCGCAACAACUGCCGCCCCUGUCGGACGGAUGCUCUCGACUUUAUCUAUGCCGACACGGCCAGACAGACUACAACAUGCAGCGCAAGCUUCAAGGUCGCGGCGUCAAUAUGCCCCUGAACGCUGAGGGAGUGGAGCAGGCAAAAUACCUGGCUAAAGCCAUGAAGGACGUGCCUCUGAGCGCCAUUUACAGCAGCUCCUUGAAGCGUGCAUUCCAGACAGCAGACACGGUAGCACAGCUCCACCCGAAGAUUGAGGUGCAGCCGUUCCAAGAGGUAGAGGAGAUGAACUUCGGCAAGCUCGAAGGCCACCCGAUGGAGGUGCACGAAGAAGAGAUCCACACUAUGUUCAAGCGGUGGAAACAGGGCGAAUACAACGCUUCUUGGCCUGGUGGUGAGAGUCCGAUGGAUGUGGUGCACCGUGGCGUCAAGAAGAUCACUGAAGUUGUAAGCAACACGCCGCCCAAAGAGCAGGUUCUCAUGGUCACGCACGGUCGCUUCAAUAAGAUUGUGCUGGCUCAGAUGCUGCAUGGCGAGCUGACGCACAUGACGGAGAUUGAUCAGAACAACACAUGUGUCAACGUCAUCGACUUCGACCACGCCACACAGACAUACCACGCGAUGGCGCUCAACAACAUCAACCACUUACCCGGCCCACCGUCGGUGUAAAUUGCGAGCUAGUGUUGUAGAUAAAGAACCCCACGAGGACCGAGGCGUGGUUGUAUUAUAAAGUAUCCACCGAUAUGAACAGAGAACCCUUUUACUACGUUGUGUUGAAGUUACAACUAUAGUACUAAGCACUUGAUAGCAAUUCUAUCGACUGCAUGAAGUAGGAACAGACGAUACUUUUAGUGGCUUUAUGAGCAUUCGUUUCCAGCAGUUCGCGUUCUUAUCGGCCUUUGUGGCUUUGAGACUGCAGUACCAG